AUGACGAAGGACAUCAGCCUCAAGGCCGCCUGCGCCGAUUCUUUCUACUACCCGCAGGAAUGGAAACCUUCGAGAGGUUCUUUGGAUCACUUCCAGCGGAAGAGAGGCUUCGAGCAUCACUUCGGCAAGGAGCGAACGAAGAACCUGAGCAAGGGAGUGCUAUUGAUUCGCUUCGAGAUGCCUUUUACAGUUCAAUGUUUGAGGUGUGGCCUGUACAUUCGCCAGGGCACACGAUACAAUGCGGACAAGAAGAAGGUCGGAAUGUACUUCUCGACCCCGCUUUACGAGUUCUCCAUGAAUUGUGGCAACAUCGUCAGCCCAGAACGGUCGGCCAACGGGCGGGCACACUGCAACCAACGGCUGGUCAUCCGUACCGAUCCCAAGAACGACGAUUACGAGUUGGCGGAGGGGCUUCGUCGAAAAAUCGAAGCUUGGGAUAACAAGGACUCCGAGACAUUGGAGCUUGUGGAUCCAGAAACUCGGAGACAAAUGGAAGCUGACCCUAUGUUCCGAGUGGAGAAGACGACACGAGACAUGCAGAAGGAGCGAAACGACAAGGCGCGCUUGUCGGACCUUCAGGACCUCCAAGACGAGCGCGAGGAUUCCUACGGAUGGAACAGUGUUUUGCGGAAAGCACAUCGACUUCGACGGAAGGAGGAAGAAAGGCAAGCGGAGGUGGAGCGGCUCGCGGGCAAGCCGAACUUUGGAGUGCCACUGGCUCCUACCUCCGAUGAAGACCGCCUUCAGGCGAAAGCCGUGGAGUACAGGACGGAUCACGACAAGAUCGAGGUCUCAGCCAGGAGAAGUUCCCUCAUGGCCAAACCUGUCUUAGAGCAGGGUUUCCACAAGAAAGCAUUGCGUGUGGCAGCACUGGUGGGGAAAAGGAAGCGACUGCAGCAAAGCUCCCGAAUGGCAUCGAACCUACGAGCGCUGCCGAAAGCUUGUGCAGCAGACGCCAUGACCUGGGCCGCGCCUCGUGGGCCUGCGCCGUCUGCGCGCUCCCGAAAGUGGAAGCUGCAGCAAAAUGACACGGCUGUGCUUGUCGGGGCCUUGCUGGUGCCCGGGGCGGCUGCCUUUAGCGCUGCUGUGCAUACCACGCUUCUUGACCUUGAGCAAUUCGGGAUUCCCUCGGUUCAAAGUGCACAGCUCCUGGCGUCCAAGCCGCCUGUGCUGAGAGAGCUGCGCAGAGGCCUUGUGCAAGGCAAGAAGAUCCAGUCACGAUAUGAAGUGAAUGUCGCAGCUAUUGUCUUAGUCCAGUUUGGCACUGACCGAGCGAAACUGCAUUAA